UGUGAACAGCAGUCAUCCUGUACCUUGCCGGGCAGCGUUUGUUCUCUGCGUGGAGGAGGUGUUCCAGGAUCCCCGGCGGUCACUGUAGUGGCCAAAAUGGACAAUCAAGUGAUUGGGUAUAAGGAUCUAGCAGCUAUACCUAAAGACAAGGCCAUUCUGGACAUAGAGAGGCCUGACCUGAUGAUUUAUGAGCCCCACUUCAGCUAUUCACCGAUGGAGAGGUCAUUAUCUCCUCGUUCAAUCUCCCCUCCUCUAUCUCCAGAGAGCAGUUUAUCAAAGGAUGUCUAUCAGAGGGAUUGGUCAGAGCCCAAGUCAUCAGGCAGCUCAUCUCCAGCGUCCACACAGCUGAGUAAAAGCAUCACCGUCAGCACUAAAGUCCCACACCAGCAACAGCACUUCCACAGGCCAGACAAUGGAACCAAUAUAUACAAGAAGCUACCAAUAUAUAAACAAGAUGUCUCAGCAGCCGUUCCACACAGUAAACACAUGAUGGAUUUAAUCAUCGAGUCAUCCAAGUUUCCCGCUGCACAAGCUCCAGACCCCAACCAGCCCGCUAAGAUAGAGAUGGACUACUGGCCAUGCCCUCCCUCGCUAGCUGUUAUAGAGAAAGAGCGAAGGAAGAAUGUGGCAUCCAAGAUGGCUGAGGGAGAGGAGGGUGAGGAGGAUGACACGUAUGAUGACAGCGAUCUGUCUGAAGACAUGUGGAGACUUCGGCAGAUGCAGAAACAGGAGCUCAACAAGAUUCAGUCCAAUCUAGGAAAACUGAUACUGAAGGAGGAGAUUGAGAGAUCGGCCCCUGUCCGAAGGAAAACACGGUCUCUGCCCGACAGGACACACAUGCAUCUGGCCUCCAAAUUACCUUCAUUUCCUUCCUACACUAAGACUGGCCUGACUAGGCUCCAGUCUGCAGAGUUCUCCUCUUCAAACACUGAUAAAGAGAGUCAAAAUUUCCAGAAUGGAGAUGCCCAAAGCAGAAGGAUCGACAGAGGGAAUUCACUCCCUAGUAUGCUGGAACAAAAGAUUUACCCGUAUGAGAUGCUCAUUGUGACUCACAGAGGCAGAAACAAACUCCCUCCUGGUGUAGACAGGACAAGACUGGAGAGACACCUGUCACCUGAGGAAUUCCAGAAUGUCUUUGGAAUGUCCAGUGAGGAAUUCGACCGACUCUCCCUUUGGAAGAGGAACGACCUGAAAAAGAAAGUCUCUCUCUUCUAGUAGUCGGAGAAAUAUGUUCUUUUACAAACACUGUCACGUGUCUGCACUUCUGCGUGUGAAAACAGUACAGGCGAUGCAAGUUAAAGAAAGAUGAGGAAUGGGAUUUUAGAGCCAGCAAAACAAAGCAAAAACAGUUAUCCCUAUCAUUUGAUAAGCCCCAUAUCUUAUUGCAACUA